CGUAGCAGCUCUCUACAAUGUAUUCGGUUUUAGUUAACGCGGUGUUGUCCAGCUCUCCUGACUAUGGCCUUCUGUUUGAGUCUCUGUCCUGGACGAGUGACUCGUGGCCAGGGACGGAGCGGGUGGAGGCGCUGACAGUUUUUAUCGAAGGACUCAGACCACUUAUGGCCGACUCGGACACGACUACGUUUUCAGAUGCGACCAGAAGAUCUAUUAAAGAUAAAAUCGAGUCGGUGAUCUGGACCCAGUGUCUGCCUCUCCUCUCCAGAAUAUCAGCAGAAGCCGGUGAAGGUAUGCGAUGCAGGGAGAGUACAGCUGCUCUCUCCCGGCUUGUGAGCGUCUGUGUCCCGCUGUGUGACGAGGCUGUACCGGGGCGGGUAGCUCUGUCUGUUCUGCCCUCGCUCCAGCUGUCGGAGGAGGAAGAGGUGCCCGGGCCGGGACGACUCAGCGUGGAGGUUGCCAGUGAAGUCGUGGCUGCUCUCAUACCUUCUCUAUCAGCGGAUGAACAGCUCACUCUCACCACCCUGACAUCUGCCUUGUCCUGCAUCAAAACACUCCCAGAUCCACUUGUCUCCAAAAUCACAGUCAGGCUCCUCUUGGCCCUCCUGAACUGCUGCAGCGAUGUGAGGUUAGGGAGCAGCCUCAAGCUGAUCCUGGAUGAUCUGUGCAGCUGGCACACCACUGACCGCACACCUGUGGUUACAGAGCGGGCACUGCUGUGUUUGACCGCCAUGUCAGACCACCUGCUGAAACCUCACAGUCCCCCCUCUUCCUCGUCCUCUUCCUGCGAGCCUCGCCUGUCUCUCCAGUUCUGGAGGAUAGUUCAGGAUGGACUGACGCACAGAGACAGCGUGUCACGUAAAAGGGCGUUGUACCUGCUGAAAAAGUGCGUGGCCCUGUCAGAGGAGGAGGGGGUGGACUGUCCUGCCUGUCCAUCAGAAGAUGAGAUCUUGUUCAGAUGGGCCCCUCACAGGAGCAAGUUGCUUAGAGAGUUCUGGGAGGAUUACGCACUGGUGAUGGAGACCCUCGAGGAAAACCAGGUCCAUGUCGUCCGGCCAGUUCUAAACAGAAUAGACACAUUGAUCCAAACAACAGUGAAUGAUAGUCAAGCUUCAGGUCAAGGCCUCUUCCACCCCUCCUGGCUGCUGUGUGUGUACCAGCGGAUGUUCCACAGUGAGAAUAAAUCCCUGAUGAGAGAGGGAGUGUGUCAUCUGCUCGAGCUGCAGGUCCUGCAGCAGUCAGACUUUGCUGUGGCCUUUUCUCAGUUCAUCGUUGGCCCUUUUAUGGAUGUUCUGUCUGAAACUUCGCUCUUCCACAGGUCAGUUGGACAGAGUGUAGGAGAUUGUCCUGAACUCGGUGCUAAACUCCAAGUUUUCAUGGCCACCUUCUUCAGCAGCCUACCAUGCGAGCAUAGAGGCCACAUGUUGCUGCAGAUGAUCCAGCAGCUGUGCUCUAAGCACUGGUGUGCAGUACCCCUCCUCUUCCUCUCCCAGGCUCUGUCCAAACUCCCCCCAAGUCCACUGCUGGGAAUCGAAGGGCUCACUGCUCUCAGGGAGGUGCUGCGCUGCACUAUGAUCACUCAUCAAGUCCUGCUGAGAGGUGCUGCUCAGUGCUUCCUGCUGAACAGCGCCCUCCGUCUCACAGACGUGAGCACAGUGACCCUGGAUGAUGUUUUUAGUUUCCUGAUGGAUUUUCGUGCAGACGAGUCUCUGUGUAGAGGCACACAGAUCUGGAAGCAGUUGUGUGCCUGGCUGUUGGACAAUGAAGACAGUUUCAAGCCCAGGAUUCUGGAUGGGGAUGGAAAAGAAACUGUAAGAGGCUACGUUCAAAGUGAGAUAUACACAUAUCUCCAAGUCCCAGCUAGCACAGGUCACGCUGAGAGGUUGCCUGACCCAAGAGAGGCUGAUAAGUUGGCCAGGGCCAUUCUGCUGUGUGUGGACAUGGAGAGGAAUCAACUCGGGGCAGAGAUCAGUGACACUCUGGAGUCAUUACUGUCUCCGCUGCUGGACACCCUGAGCAGAGUCAGCACCAAUGUCUACUUGCCUGUGCGUAAGAGUGACAAGAGCCUGCAGCUCGUGCUCCGACUGCUCCAGCUUGGAAGAACACCAUGCUGUCAGCGUACUGCAGAGGAGCAAGAGGAUAACGUGAUGGCGGCCAUGACGAGGCUCAUUUUUAAAUUUGUCGAUCCCGUCCAAGAGUUUAUCCUAAGGCGGCUGUUUGGGGAGCUGCAGGAGCUGUUUGAUGUGGAGCGGGCAGAGCUGUAUCUGUGUGUCCUGAGGCAGCUGGUGGCCAUGUACAGUUCUGUACCACAGCACCACAAUAAACUUCACCAGACCUAUUUCCCUAAACUCAUCAAUCACAGCCUCAAGGUCCUGCAAGAACCAAGCCUGCAGGUCCACUCUGUGGCAAACCAGGUGGCUUCAGCAGUUGCUAUGGCAUCCCUGGCUACAGUCUGUGGUCUUGUGGAGCAGGAUGUGAUUGACAUGCGGUCAGACACCGUUUCUGUCCUGAGAUCACUGAAUGACUACUUCUACAAUCCAGUGUCAUCCUCCCAAUGUUUGCCCUCUCUGGGAAACUUCAAUCAGCGUCUGCAAAGACCACAGACAGGAGAUGGUUCAAGUGAUGUAGGAGUGCAGGGUCCUCUGGUGCAGGACUGGGGACGCAUCGCUGCUAAUUUCAUGCGGGACCAGUGGAUUUGUCUGAGCUUCCUGAUUAAGGCCUUUGGGAUUCCCGAGUCUGUAGAGAUUUCCAGAGCGUCCGAGACCCUCAAGGCUGCUCUGGGCUGCAGUGUGGAGGCCCUGGCUCUGCUGCCCAGUGACCUGGUGCUGCCUGUGCUCACCUUUAUGGAGACAGUGCUGCCACAAUUGCUGCUUUCUGAGGAGGCCCUCUGUGUAGAGGCUCUGACUCUGAGCUGGCAGCUGGUGCAGGGGCUGAGCACUAAUGCUCACGACUUCUGGCUCGCCCUGAAAGGUUUCAUCUCCAUGGCCUUCCACCAUAAACUGCUCCAGCUGACAGACCCUCAAGCUCCGACACUUGUCUCCACCCUGAAUCAGAUUGCCACUGAGUUGAUGGAGCUGUCUCAGUCAAAGAGCGGAGUGUUCGGCGUGCUGCUUCAACACUGCUGUCAGACGUGGCUGCCUGCAGACCGAGGCGGCGGCAACACGGCCAACGCCGUGUUUUCUAGUGUUUUUAGCCACGUCAACAUACUCUCUGAGGCUUGUGUGUAUGGGCCAGUGUUCAGGAGAGAUCAACGGCUCAUCCAGGACGUCCAAACGUAUGUGGAGCAACUUGGCGAAGAGUGUGCCGCCAACGUCGCAGUCACAAGUGAUAACAGAGACGAUCAGUUUCCUCGCACAUGUGUACUGGCUUUCCUCAGCCGCCUGGAUUGCUCUAAUCUGCAGCAUCAAAGACUGAUAGAGGAGCUAGUCAUGGAUUUGUUGAAAAAGGAUAAUGACAUAUCGAAGUCAAAAGUGCGUUACUAUAGCAACUCCCUGCAACAUCGUGUCAAAAACAGAGUAUGGCAAACACUGCUGCUGCUGCUCCCCAAACUCAGAGAGGAGUUUGUCGCCAGGUUGCUGAACCGUGUGUUUGAAGCUGGAUUCUGCAGUAACCAGGCCUCAGUCAAGUACCUGAUCGAGUGGAUGAUGAUUCUGAUCCUCAUCCACUACCCGGAACACAUGGACAGCUUUUUGGCCUGCUUCAACAUGGAUCAUGAAAAGACCAAGACGAGCAGCUGCACCUUCCUGUCUGUCCUGGUACAUUUCAAUGUCAUCAUUCCUAAUCUUAAGGAUGAGGCUGUGCAGUUGCGUAAAGCGCUGGACAUCAUCCUGCAGUGGUGUUUCAACCAUAACUUCAGUGUGCGCCUGUAUGCCUUGCUGGCCCUAAAGAGGGUGUGGAGCUUGGCCGAGGUCCGGGCCGAGGAAGGGGCCGACGGUUUGGGAGGGCUGUCGACUGUGAUCAAGGCCUGUCUGAACCAGGCGGAGGCCAUGCAGAGCACCGGAAAUGCCAACAAGAAUUGGAUGAAGAUUCAGGAGCACUUCUUCUUUGGUGCCUUUCAUCCUAUCAGGGAUUACAGUGUUGAGACCAUAUUCUAUACUUUUCCCAGUCUGUCAGAGUUGGCUGAUGAUGAGUGGAUUCCACUCUGGAAGUUUGAGAAGCUGUCCUUUUUCUCUGAGGGUCCAUCUCUCCCUUUGAGGAAUCCUGCUCCCGAGCUGAGACAGCUCCAGCCUGGAGACUGGAUCCAGCAAGACAAAGGUGAGCAGAAUAAGGAGGACCGCUGGGCGGAGGUGCAGAAGAAGAUCACUCCAUGGAGGCUGGGGAUCCAGGAGCAGGAACCCGAACUUCAGCUGGUUCCACAACAGAGGGCCGCUCGACUGGGCAAACUGCACGGCUCCCUGCUGGUGGUGGCCUCGCUUAUUGACAAGCCCACUAAUUUAGGAGGUCUGUGCAGGACCUGUGAGAUCUUUGGUGCCAGCGCUCUGGUUCUGGACAGCCUCCGCCACAUCAGCGACAAACACUUUCAGUCCCUGAGCGUCUCGUCCGAGCUGUGGCUUCCACUUUUAGAGGUGAAGCCUGCGGAGCUCACUGACUUCCUGCAGGUGAAGAAGAGUGAAGGCUACUGUAUCGUUGGAGUGGAGCAGACAGCCAACAGCCAGAGCCUCCAGGACUACCAGUUCCCCGAGAAGACCCUGCUCCUUCUGGGCAAUGAGCGAGAAGGUAUUCCUGCCAAUCUGCUGCAGAUGUUUGACGUGUGUGUGGAGAUUCCUCAACAAGGGGUCAUCCGUUCUCUCAACGUGCACGUGAGCGCCGCCUUGCUGAUUUGGGAGUAUACACGGCAACACCUCGCCUCCGGCUCAUCUAAGCCAACUCAAAACGCAGCUGACGAACAAACCGGCACUGCAGCCCUCUGGGCAUGA